GGCGGGGGUAGCCGUGCGUCGGAGGCCUUAAGGUGGACGGCUGGGCCGGGGAGACCCAGCCGUUUCGGGCGACACUGAAGUCGAGGAGACGGGCGUCGGCCUUCGGUGCAGCUCUGCACCCGUUGAGGCUGCGGCGGCUUCUUUUUCCUGUUCCGCGGGUGCCGGCGUGUUUGUGUGUGUCUCUGUGUGUGUGACCCGCGGCGACUUCCCCCGUCGCCCCUGCUUCGGAGGCGCCUGCGCAGGCCUCGCGUCUGCCACGGAGCUUUGCCGUGGAACGAGUGCGCCUACUUUUUCGCGACGCCCCGAACUCGUUGACGCUCGGUGGUGAGGCAGGGGAUUCCCUGUGACCAGAGGGCGCUUGCGCGGGUCCGCUAGCUCCGGCCCAGGCGCCUGCGCGAGCCCCCACCCCCCCGGCGCCGACCCCGCCUCUCUUAGCCGGCCCCUCGACAGGGCCGGAGCCGCCGGCGGUGGGGCGGCGGGGGCGCCCCGAUGAGCCCCGAGUGCGAGGAGCCGCCGCCCCCCCGCGCAGGGCGCCAUGUUUUGGAAGUUUGACCUGCACACAAGCUCUCACCUGGACACAUUGCUGGAGAAGGAGGACCUGAGCCUACCUGAGCUGCUGGAUGAGGAGGAUGUGCUGCAGGAGUGCAAGGUUGUCAAUCAGAAGCUCUUAGACUUCCUGCUACAGCCUUCCCACUUGCAGGCCAUGGUGGCCUGGGUCACCCAGGAGCCCUCAGCCAGUGGUGAGGAGCGGCUACGCUACAAGUACCCUAGUGUAGCCUGUGAAAUCCUGACCUCUGAUGUGCCUCAGAUCAAUGAUGCCCUGGGUGCAGAUGAGUCCCUCCUGAACCGACUCUAUGGCUUCCUGCAGAGUGGUGACAGCCUCAACCCGCUGCUUGCUAGCUUUUUCAGCAAAGUCAUGGGCAUUCUCAUCAAUCGCAAGACAGACCAGCUUGUGUCCUUCCUGCGCAAGAAAGAUGACUUUGUGGAUCUGUUGCUGCGUCACAUUGGUACCUCAGCCAUCAUGGAUCUCCUAUUGCGUCUGCUUACUUGUGUGGAGCGGCCUCAGCUUCGGCAGGAUGUCUUCAAUUGGCUCAAUGAAGAGAAGAUUGUCCAGCGGCUAAUUGAGCAGAUUCACCCAUCAAAGGAUGACAAUCAACAUUCCAAUGCAUCUCAGUCCCUGUGUGACAUCAUCCGCCUAAGCCGGGAGCAGAUGAUCCAAGGCCAGGACAGCUCGGAGCCAGACCAGCUGUUGGCCACCUUGGAGAAGCAGGAGACCAUCGAGCAGCUCCUCAGUAACAUGUUUGAGGGAGAACAGUGCCAGUCUGUCAUUGUCAGUGGGAUCCAGGUGCUGCUCACCCUCCUGGAACCUAGGAGGCCAAGGUCUGACUCUGUGACCAUGAACAACUUCUUUAGCAGUGUGGAUGGGCAGUUGGAGCUCCUGGCUCAGGGAGCCCUGGAUAAUGCACUCUCUAGUAUGGGUGCCUUGCAUGCCCUGCGUCCCCGGCUUGACCGCUUCCAUCAGCUCCUGCUUGAGCCUCCCAAGCUGGAGCCUCUGCAGAUGACGUGGGGCAGCCUGGCCCCACCACUGGGUAACACGAGGUUACAUGUGGUCAAGCUCUUGGCCAGUGCCCUGAGUACCAAUGCUGCUGCCUUGACACAGGAGCUUCUGGUGCUGGAUGUACCCAACACCUUACUGGACCUCUUCUUCCACUAUGUAUUCAACAAUUUCCUGCAUGCUCAAGUGGAGGUGUGUGUGAGUGCAAUGCUGAGUUCCGGGCCCCCUCCAGACAGCAGCCCUGAGACACCUGUCCCGAACCCUAUCGUGAAACAUCUCCUUCAGCACUGCCGCCUGGUGGAGCGCAUUCUGGCGUCCUGGGAGGAGAAUGACCGUGUGCAGUCUGGAGGGGGCCCAAGAAAAGGCUACAUGGGCCACCUGACUCGGGUGGCCAAUGCCGUGGUGCAGAAUGCAGAACAGGGGCCCAAUGCUGAACAACUGGGACAACUGCUAAAGGAGCUGCCAGAGGAGCAGCAACAGCGAUGGGAAGCAUUUGUGUCAGGACCCCUGGCUGAGACCAACAAGAAGAACACAGUGGAUCUGGUAAACACUCACCAUCUACAUUCUUCCAGUGAUGAUGAGGAUGACCGCCUCAAGGAGUUCAACUUCCCUGAGGAGGCUGUAUUGCAGCAGGCCUUCAUGGACUUCCAGAUGCAACGCAUGACCUCAGCCUUCAUUGACCACUUUGGCUUUAAUGAUGAGGAGUUUGGGGAACAGGAAGAAAGUGUGAAUGCACCAUUUGACAAGACUGCCAACAUUACCUUCUCCCUAAAUGCUGAUGAUGAGAAUCCCAAUGCCAACCUGCUUGAGAUAUGCUACAAGGACCGGAUCCAGCAGUUUGAUGAUGAGGAAGAAGAUGAGGAGGAGGGCCAUGGCUCAGCAGAGUCAGAUGGAGAGUAUGGUGCCUGGCAGGGCAGCCAGCCAGUGAGAGCAUCCCAGGCAAGCCAGCCCCCUGGUGUGCGGAGUGGAGGAAGCACAGACAGCGAGGAGGAGGAAGAAGAGGAGGAAGAAGAGGAUGAGGAUGAGGGGGCUGACCAGGCAGCAUGUGGAAGAACCAGCCCUUCCUCCUUCCCCAGCCCUGGCCCUCAGCCUUCUGGCCCAAGUUGGACUGCUACCUUUGACCCAGUGCCUAUGGAUGCCCCAACAGGCCCCCCAGUUUCCAAGGAGGCAGACAUAUCCUCUAUCCAGAUCCUAUCCAGCCCUCCAGCCCACGAUUCCCCACAGCUCAGGUCGCAGGACCCCACACACCCCUCAGCACCUCAGGAAGUCACAGAUAGCAGCAAAGUAGCAGAGCCCUUGGCCCCCUGCCAGGCCUUGGUUAGUGUUGCAGAUGUCCAGGCCACUCUGCAUGGGAUGCGCUCUGCCCCCAGCUACUUGGACAGUGCAACCAGAGACCCCUCUACCUCUGUCCCAGACUUCAAGGCCCACCAAUCCCCUCAGACAAUGGAGGGGAAAAAGAGCCCAGAACAUUUGGGGCUUCCCCAAAACCAGAGUGCCCAGGCCCUUGAGAUGCCCAAUGGUUCUACCCCAGGAGGGCCCAUUACAUCGGGUUCUCAGUAGCUGCCUGGUGGCAGCGGUGGCCAAGUCCUCUGUCCUCCCUGUGGAGUUCCUCAGUGGGGCAGGAUGAGUCCUUUGGUGGCCCUCUAUUCCAUUGUCCCAUACCCUGCAUUCUCUCCUCUGGACUCCCAGGGAGGCUGGUGCCAGGGAGAUGCCCUUACCCACCCCCAUUUGCACUGAGAAGAGAAACUAUGGAGUUUUUCCUCCAAGAAUAAAGAUAGAGAGUCACAUAGAGAGAAAGGAGAGAGAGAGAGAGAGAGAGAGAGAGAGAGAGAGAGAGAGAGAGAGAGAGAGAGAGAAUAUUAUAUAUAUUAUAUAUAUAUUAUAUAUAUAUUAUAUAUAUAUAUAUAGAGAGAGAGAUAGAUAUUGAGGGAGGAGUAAGAAAGGAAGCCAGGACAAGAACUGGGCCAGCAGCUCUGAAGCACAACCUCCCUGUCUUUCCCAGUAGGGGUUGGUGCUGGGGUUUGAAGCCGCUGACCUGUGCUCUGGUGCAGAUGCUCACAUCCAGCCUUUCACUCAGGAUCACCGUGGGGUGUAACAGAGGACAUCGGGCCCAAAUGGCCAUGCGUUUGUCUAGACCUUGCACUUUGACCAGUCAUCUGGCCUCUGGCCCUGGGGAACACGGCCUCCCUGGCAAUAGCCCCAGAGUCCCAGAAUGGAGGUUGCUGGAUCUCCCAUACCCUGAGGGUCCCAGCACUGCUGCCAAGUGGCCUUGUCCCAGCUCCCUCCCCAAGGCUGGUGUGAGUGUGCAAGUAUGUGUGCAGAGCUUGUGUUUCAUACUGCAAAUAUAAAUAAAGGAAGAUAGCAGAAGAUUCCUAGUGUGGGCUUUUGAGUUCCUGGGACUCAGAGUUGGGUGAACAUGCUCUCCAUGGCCUAGAGAGCUACAUUCUCUUUGGAACACACUUGUGAGAGUGUGUAUGGGUGCAGAGGGAUGAAGAAUAUGUAUACACCAGGCAGGAACAUCAGGAAAAGGGUACCAGCCUUGUUGAGUUAGCACUUUGGGGCUCUCUCAUCUUGAUGUGCACUUCCUUAGCCCUGUUCUAAAAUGCAGAUCAGCUUAUGACUGUGUUGAGUUAGCUUAUAGCCCCCUUACCUCUAUCCUCCUCUAACAGACCUUGGAGCUGACUUUCCUGCCAUUGAGGGAUAGACGGUAGCAGGUGUGGUGGUGCAUAUAAGAGUCAGGCUCAGCCUGGUCUACCAAGGACAGCCAGAGCUCAGCAGAGAAACCCUGACUCAAAAACAAAA